AUGACGAGCCAAGACGACGGAGGAGAAUGGUUUGACACGGAGUCAUGGGUGGUUCCUGAUAACCUCAGCAACAUCCUCUUGCGAGAGGCUGCCAAGGAAGAACGUGCGAGCUCAUCCACCGCUCGAGGAGGUUUCAAGGAGGAAGCCGUCGGCUCCGUCAGCCAGGGGCUCAACCUGGCAAGUGUUACCAUGGCCAGCCUUGAGCCCUUCUUCGCCCUUCCUCUGGGAGAGGCAGCACAAAGGAUGGGGGUGGGGAGGUCCACGUUGAAGGUAGCAUGUAGGAGGCUCGGGCUGCAGCGAUGGCCGUACACACAUCAAGGGCAGCGGAGGAGGGCGAGGAAGGGGUUCGCGAGGCAACAGCACGGGCGGCACGGGAUGUCUGGAGUACAGGAGGAGCUUCAGCAAGCCAGGCGCCCAGCUCAGGUCCCUGGGCUCAGGCACCGAGCCAUGGCGGCGACUGGACGGGUAGUAGACAUGGGGAUAACAGUAGCCAACUUCCAGCUGGGCUCGUGCUGA